AUGAUGCCUUUUUUGUAUGCACCACCACCACUACUGCCAUCAACAGUAUUUCCUAUGUUGCUUAUUGCCAAUCAAACUCAUAUUGAAGGUGAUGAUUAUGAUAAUGAUGAUGAUGACGAUUAUAUUGAAGACGAUUAUUUACCUACAUCAACAACAAUUUCAUCAAGAACUAUGUCUAUUCCAAUGACAGCUUUGUCACAUUUUGUUAAUGUUGAUAGACAAAUACCUCCACCAUUACCACCAGCACCAAUUCAUAAUGAUGAACCGGGUACAUUUCGUUUACGUAUGAAUGUUGAUGGUUUUCAACCAAAUGAAUUAAAUGUUUCAAUUCGACAUGGUCGACUCAUUGUUCGUGGUAAACAUGUUGUGCGAGCAUCGACUCAACCAUCUCAACCAUUAACAACAAAUUCAUUUGUAAAUGGCAAUGAUGAUACAGAACCUGAUUUUGUUGCUAAAGAAUUUAAACGUACAUUUAUUAUUCCACAAAAUGCUGACGUACGAAAAGCUCAUGCACAAUUCUAUCCUCAACAACAAUUACUUGUUGUUGAAAUACCAUUUCAAAAUUUAACAAUAUCAUCUCAAACAAGAACUAAUCGAUCACAUGUACGUCCUAUAGAUGUAUUUUUUACUAUGGUAGCUCUUUUAUUAUUGGAUGAAGCCAUACGUAUAACAUAUGAAGAAUUUAUGAAUAACGAAAAUCAAAUCACAAAUACAUCUAGUCAAAAUUAA